CCAUCAGUGAGAUGUCGGGGUGCUGGGGACUGAUUUUCUUUCUGUUGGGUUAUGUGCAAGCAGGGAAAGUCUGUUAUGACAAGAUUGGUUGUUUCACUGACGACAAACCGUGGAGCGGAACAUUGGAACGGCUCAUAGGAAGGCUGCCCGAGUCUCCAGAACAUAUUAACACUCACCUAUUAAUGUUCACUAGAGAAAACCCUGAUACGUUCCAAGAGCUCCGCCCAUUGAACCCCUCAGCUUUGCCACUAACAAAUUUCAAGACCAACAGGAAAAGUCGCUUUAUUAUCCACGGAUUCCUUGAACAGGGAGAGGAGAACUGGCUGGUAAAUAUGUGCAAGACGAUGCUAAAAGUCGAAGACGUGAACUGUUUCUGCGUCGACUGGAGUGGGGGAUCCCGUACCCUAUACAGCCAGGCAGCCAAUAACAUCCGCGUUGUGGGGGCGGAGCUAGCCUAUUUCAUCAGCUUCCUCUCAAACAAUAUGAACUACUCUCUGUCCAAGGUGCAUGUGAUCGGCCACAGUUUAGGAUCUCACACGGCUGGGGAGGUUGGGAAGCGGCUGCCCGGCAUUGGACGUAUCACAGGUCUUGAUCCGGCUGGUCCUUUCUUCCAGGACACGCCCCCUGAGGUCAGACUGGAUCCAACCGACGCUCUCUUUGUCGAUGUCAUUCAUACGGACACAUCUCCCCUUAUACCCAAAAUGGGUUACGGAAUGAGGCAGUCGGUUGGACACAUGGAUUUCUUCCCAAACGGGGGCGAGAGCAUGAGGGGGUGUAACAAACCCAUUGUGGCCAAACUCCUGGAUAUUGAUGGACUUUGGGAAGGAUCCAGGGAUAUAUUUGCCUGCAACCACCUCCGGAGCUACAAAUAUUACACUGAAAGUAUCACCUCUCCCAAUGGAUUCAUUGGAUAUCCCAGCACUUCAUAUGGAGAAUUCACUAAGGGUAACGGAUUCCCAUGCCCUAGUUCUGGUUGCCCUUUAAUGGGUCACUAUGCAGAUUUAUUUUCUGGCCAUGGAAUAAAUGAACAUUCUUAUUUCUUGAACACUGGAAGUGAAAAGCCUUAUUCGCGCUGGAGAUACAGGGUCACUGUGAAGACCACCGGCAGGCUGAAUUUCUUGGGAUCCAUUCAAGUGUCUUUACAUGGAGUUAAGGGGAGCACCACAGGACAAGAGAUUGCCAGACGGUUAAUUAAACCAGGACAGACCUACACAGCCUUCAUUGAUGUAGAGGUCGAUGUCGGACCCCUCACAACCGUGAGCUUCUCCUGGAACAAGAGCCUCAUCGACAUCAUUCCGUCUAAAGUCGGCGCUGAGAUGAUAUCUGUGCAAUAUGGGAAGGACGGACAGACGUACAAGUUUUGUGGGAAAGACACAGUGAGAGUGAAAAGCCUUCAGAGCUUGACGUCUUGUUCCUCAGCAACCAAAUAAUCUCUAUUAAAGGGUAUAAAGAAAGAAAAAAGAUUCAUAACCCGUCUGCUUUUAUUUUCUUAAAUUACAAGUCCAUGGGAAUCUUUGAUGCCACUUUCAGCAUCUUGGCUCCCUGCCUGGGGCACCGUUAGCUCGACUGAAGUUCUGUCCAAUUACAAUGCGGUGUCCACUUGUCCAAUCACAGCACACGAUACACUGACAGAUGAAUAGAACGUCAGAGCUAAUAUUCAUUUAUAUAUUUAUUGGAAUGACACCAGCUUUUCUCCAAUCCAUAGGCACCAUACCAGAUGAAAAAAUCUGGGAAAAUCAGAAAUAGGGUCUAAAACUGAACUAAGCUCUCUUAGAACCCGGGGGUGUAUGCCAUCAAGCCCUGGCACCUUGCUUACAUUCAUUCUUAUUAAAGCUUUAUGAAUCAUAUCCUGAGUCAGCCACUGACUAGAUGGAGCUGAGCCAUCAGUGCCUAUUGUAUACACUGAAGAAGAGAACUGAUUUAGCACAUUUGCCUUUUCUGUAUCAGUUACAACCAUACUGGUACCAUUAUUUAAUGGAGAAACACUCUCAACCUGCACCUUUUUACUAUUAAUAUACUUAACAGUAAGACUGGGGUAAGUCUUAGCCUCAGCCGCAAUGCUCUCCUCAUUUCAUAUCUUUGCCUUCCGGAUUGCUGCUUUACAACAUUUAUUAUAGUGUUUAUAUUCAUUAAAUGCAGCUUCUGCCCCCA